AUGAUUACAUUUCUGCAAGGUUAUCCACAAGGCCUACCUGCUAUUCGUAAUCCUGAAUUAGAAGAAACCCUCAAAGGAUUCAAAAAUCAAAUUGCCAGACUGGAAAGAGUCCUUGCCUUCGAUGGGACCAUAACGACAUUUGGAAAAAAAAUGUUUGCUACCAAUGGGCAAGAAGUCGAUUUUGAGACCACACUGGAAGCAUGCAAACAGGCGGGCGGCUCCAUUGCAUCUCCCAGGAAUAAGGGGGAGAAUGAUGCUGUUUUCAGUAUUGUGAGGUUAUUUAAUAGCUAUACCUAUCUGGGCAUUAAGGGGGGUGGGAUUCCAGGUAAAUUCAGUUUCCUGGAUGGAACAGCUGUAAAUUAUACAAACUGGCAUGCAGGUGAGCCCAGUGACAUAGGGGAAGAAAACUGCAUGGAGAUGUGCACUAACGGUGCCUGGAAUGGCACAAGUUGCAACCAGUACCGCCUCACUAUCUGUGAAUUUUAA